AAAACAAUUGUUUUAUGAAUAUCAAUCGCUCGGUAUAACUACGGUAGUACACCCAUGUCUGUGAUGUAGAUUACGCAGUUUUGUGCAUACGGUUGAAUCCGCUUAGCUUUCGACCAGGGCGGUCGGACGGAAGUGUUUUCGAUAUUUCCGAGAUGCAAUUGUUAUUUUUCAUUUUCCUAUAUUCCUUUCUUUCUCUGGCUGAACGAAGUGAAGGGCAAGGCCACACAUUGCAUCCGGAUACAUAUUUGACCAUUGAGGAGCUAAUCCAGAGGUAUGGAUACCCGGUAGAAGUUCACGAGGUUACUACUGACGAUGGCUACAGGCUCACAAUGUAUCGUAUACCUCAUGGUCGGUAUGGAUCAGGUGUGAACCGAAAACCAAUUCUCCUCAUGCACGGUCUUUAUGGACAGUCCGAAAAUUACGUUGUUGCUGGAAUGAACAACGCAAGCUUGGCGUACUUCUUGGCUGAUAAUAAUUUCGAUGUUUGGCUUGGAAACACCAGAGGAACACAACAUAGUAGAAAACAUAGCUACAUAGAUCCCAAUGUGAAAAGAUUCUGGGAGUUCAGUUACCACGAGAUCGGAAUAUACGAUCUUCCCGCUAAAAUAGAUUAUAUAUUGGAAACUACUAAGAAGAAGAAGAUAUACUACGUCGGACACUCGCAAGGAGGAACUAGUUUUUAUAUUAUGACUUCUGAAAGACCAGAAUACCAGGACAAAAUCGUAGUAGCCUCUUUGAUGGCACCAGCUGGCUUCAUGGGACACUUCCGCAAUCCUGUGCUUUUUCCUCUAGCAACAAUAUACCGAGGAUUUAUGCGGAUUGCAGAUUCGAUAUUCUACGAACUACCUCCUAGGACUAUACCAUUACCAGCUUUUCUGAACUUCAUAUGUCAGGAAAGCCUUCUAAAUGAUCUCUGCUUGGCCAUUUACCAUGUAAUCAUUAAUGGUGGUGAUUCUGGAGAGUUUAAUAAGAGGAUGCUUCCCCUCAUCAUGAGAUUCAUUCCAACUGUUUCAUCAAGACAACCACUCCAUUACGCCCAAGCUAUUACGUCUGGUCGCUUUAGGAGAUGGGACUAUGGACAAGAUAAUAAUAUGGCACGUUAUAGAGCACCAGAACCCCCAGACUAUAAUUUAAAAAAUAUAACAGUUCCUAUUGCAAUAUACUAUAGUUACGGUGACAACUUAGUUUAUGCGAAGGAUAUAGAUCAUAUCUGUGGAAUUCUUCCAAACGUUGUGAAGAAACAUCUGAUGCCAAAUCCGAAAUGGACUCAUCUCGACUUCAUCUUCGCUAAAAACGGACAAAAGCUGUUACACAAGCCGAUAGUGCAAUUUCUAGAGAAAUUUGACAAAUAUAACUAAGUACCGACCUGUAAAUAAUUGUGUUUGUUACUUGAAAAUGAGUGAUUCCUUAUUUCAACCUCAGAGUAGAUUGUUUCAAAUUUACUACUUGUGAUAUAAAAUUUUCAUUCAAUUGAUUUCAUGGGAAAUUCUUGAAUUAAAUUGAAAAUUUAAUAAAUAUAUGGAAAAUA